AUGUUGUCAGGGGAGGAAAUCUUAUGCAGCACCCAGCAGGUGAUCGCAGGGCUGGAGGCUCUGCGUGGAGAGAACCGCACGCUGCUGGACAACAUGCAGGAAACGCUUCAGAGUCAGACACCCAGCGAGAGCGGCAGCCUGGAGCAGGAGAAGACCAACAUCAUUUUAGAGUCUCUGGAGAGGAUUGAACUGGGCCUAGGAGAGGCGCAAGUGAUGAUGGCACUGUCAGUACACCUGGGCUCCUUGGAGGCAGAGAAGCAGAAGUUGCGUGCUCAGGUGCGGAGGUUGUGCCAGGAGAACCAGUGGCUGAGGGACGAGCUGGCCCGGGCCCAGCUGCAGCUACAGGAGCGGGAACAGGAAGUGGUUACUUUAGAGGAGCAGAACAGACACCUGCAGUUCAUGAGCAGCAUCCGCAAGUACGACCACGAAGAGCCGCCUAUGGAGGAUAAAGAUUCGAAUUCAGGGAAGGAGUCCCUUGAUGAUCUCUUUCCUAGUGAAGAAGAGGAGCAAUCACACAUGUCUCAGCCACGCAGUAGUGCUGCUGCUGCUGCCCAGCAGGGAGGAUAUGAGAUCCCUGCCCGACUCCGAACUCUCCACAACCUGGUGAUCCAGUACGCCUCUCAGGGCCGCUAUGAGGUGGCCGUGCCCCUCUGCAAGCAAGCUCUGGAGGACCUGGAGAAAUCCUCGGGCCACAGCCACCCGGAUGUUGCUACCAUGCUCAAUAUUCUGGCUUUAGUGUACAGAGAUCAGAACAAAUACAAGGAAGCUGCCAAUCUCCUUAAUGAUGCAUUGGCCAUCCGUGAGAAGACACUAGGCAUAGACCAUCCAGCAGUGGCAGCUACUCUGAAUAAUCUGGCUGUGUUGUAUGGAAAAAGGGGGAAGUAUAAAGAGGCAGAGCCGCUGUGUAAAAGAGCUCUGGAGAUCAGAGAAAAGGUGCUUGGGACAGAUCACCCUGAUGUAGCCAAACAGCUGAAUAACUUAGCGCUCCUAUGCCAGAACCAGGGCAAAUACCAGGAGGUGGAGCAGUACUAUGAACGUGCGCUGCACAUUUACCAGAGCCAGCUGGGUCCAGACGAUGCCAACGUGGCCAAGACCAAGAAUAACCUGGCCUCCUGUUACCUCAAGCAGGGCAAGUACAGGCAAGCUGAGGCUCUUUAUAAAGAGAUUCUGACUCGUGCUCAUGAGAAGGAGUUUGGUUCAGUAGAGGGGGAUGGACGGCCAGUUUGGAUACAUACAGAGGAGGGAAGCUCAAGACAGGUGUGUUUCUGAUCCAAAUAUGUAUGGUUUAUGAGCUGGAGGAGCUUUUUAAUGUACUUUUUCUUCUGUGUGUGCACUGCAGGAUGGUCUGAAGCGCAGUGGAUCGUUUACCAAGCUCCGGGAAUCCAUAAGACGAAGCAGCGAGAAACUUGUUCAGAAACUGAAAGGUGUUGGAACAGAGGAAACAGCCCCUCGAGCUGCUGGGAUGAAGAGAGCCAAUUCUCUAAAUGUUCUUAAUGUGAGUCUCAAAGAGAGUCAAGAGACUGCUGUGAAGCCCAAGAGGCUGACAGACGCACGAGGUCUGAGUUCCAGCACGCAGAGUUUAGCUCGCCGCGCCUCUCUAAGCGGUGAGACGGCUACCUUUCAGACAAGCCAUAUGACAUCAGGACUCUGGGACAAUGCACACAUCUGACUAGUCUGUAGUAAUGACGAAGAUCAUAUUUGACAAUAAUAUGAGGACAAGUACGUGAUGAAGAAUGCAGGCCUCCCUGAGACUCACUCUUUAAAGCAGUCCAUUAAAGUGCUCCAGGAAAAGGAAAGCACUUUUUGGCUUUACAAAAAGAUUUUUUACACUGUGUAAAAUCAGUUCAAUCUACACAUAUUUUAAAAGCCAGUUGCGAUAUAAAAUGUCAGAAAUGUAUCAUUUAUUACAUUUAAAAGAUGGGACCAUAUUUGAUAAUCAGGCUAUCCAAUAUUACAGACUUCGACGGCACAAUUUUUUCACUAUUUUUGCAGGCAAAAUCCAGUCAUUUAAUCAGGAAUCCAUGCAUUCAGGAGUUUCUUGUGAGAACAAAAAAAGGUUUUCACUCAGGUUUCACUCAUGUUCAGGUUCACUCAACUGGAAGCUUGUGUAGUGAAAGUCUCUAUUUUAUGAGCGUAAUUUAUCACUACAUUAUUGACCUGCAAAGUUUCUCCAAGAUUUUGCUAAUGUUACUGCACCUCAACAGUUUACUUAGAAUAUUGGAGCAAUAUGUGACAGAUUCCAUGUCCUCACACCAACAUGCAAAAGAAUUAUAAUAUUGGAAUUGAACAAUUUGCACCUUAAAUCUUCACUUCUAAACUGCACUCAACUCAACUAAUUGUAAUCCAUGGUUACAUUCCAAGAUGCAUGUAAGAUAUGCUGUGGUACAUGCUAAUUUGUCAACCAAUCAACCAAUUAAUCAACCAAUUGUGGUAUGACUUGUGCCUAUAAAAUAAGGGACUUCUGAUUUUUCAAUUUCGAGCACAUGUUGUACCUUAUAUAUAUUCACAUGCUGUGCUAUUGCUUUAGUUUAAGUUCUAUUUAUCAAUAGGAAGGAUUUUAUAUUAGCGGAAUUUCAGGGUAUUAAUACACAGAAUGUGACUUGAAUCUAGCUAAUGGAUGUAGUUACUGAGAGGUUAGGAAUCAAUGAGCAGUUACAUAAUCUAAACUGCUGUACAAGCUAUGUUUUACUGAAUCAUGUUACAUAUUCCAUGAGUUUAGGAAAUAUUUAUAUACUGAAUGUUGCUGAUGAACUUAAUAAAAUUGUUCUACCUCUGUUAAAAUCAAAA